ACUUAGUGUUAAAAUGGCGGCGGCCGCAGCGGAGCAGGUAACGCGACCUGUUUAAUCUUCAUCACCGCUCCCCGGUUCCGUCUGUCCCGCGGUACCGGUGCCGGAAAAGUAGACGAAGAAGCGCCGAGUCCGAGAGCGAGAGAGUGUGAGGAAGGUGGUGUCUGUCGAUCAUCAUCAUCAUCACCACCACCUUCAUCAUCAUAACAUCAUCAUCAUCAUCAUCAUGGAGAGAAAGGUGCAGUUAAGAUGUGUAGAAGCGUUAUAAAGCAACACAACGCGGAAGAAGGGAUGGACGCAGAAGAUACGAGGAGAAACCCGGAUGGAAAAGGAUUUCUCACAGCUGAGAAUGGCUCAGUCUUCAUCCCUCACGCUCCAGAUCCUCUUCAUGGUGUGUGUGUGAGCUCUACGUCCGGCUCAGUGACCGGCUCAGUGACCAGUACUGUCUGUGGUGAGGAUGAGCAGAACAGCCUGGAGUCACAGGACUCAGGAAUCCCCACACUGGAGCUCAGCUCACCUGAGGUGACCACAGAGCCGCGCAGCAUCGAGCCGCUAGUUCAGAAGCACCGAGACGCUCCGGCCACGCUGAAGCUAGAGGCGGUAGAUGAGGGCGGGGCUUCCAGUCAGGUCAGAGGUGGGGCUUCGGUUUACCGAGACUCCGUCUCUGUGUGCAGCACCUCCAGUCUGAGCACGGACUUCUCGGCCACGCUGUCGCUAGGCAACGAUGAUGUCACCGGCGACUUCGUGGUGACCUCGGACUCGAGCGCCGUGGUGGAUUUUCACGAUUUUAGCGACUUUUCUCACUUCCCUCAAGCCACGCCCACUAAUACCGCCCACGGAGAUCAUCCACAGCAGCAUCACAACGAGGCAGUGGCCAGGAAAGAGAGUCCGAUUGUGAACUUCUUCAACAGGAAGCUGUUCAGAAAAGACUCACCCCGACAGAUCCAGAGAGUUCUGAAGGAAAAUGAAAAGGCCGGUGGUUCUGCAUCUCCAAAACAGAGUGUGAGGAAACAUCUGGAGUUCGAGCCUCUCUCCACCACUGCACUCAUACUGGAGCACCGACCUGCGAAUCUCCCUGCGAAGCCGGCAGAAGAAGCUCAGAAACACAAACAGCAGUAUGAAGAGAUGGUGGCCCAGGCCAAGAAACGAGAGAUGAAGGAGGCUCAGAAGAGGAGGAGGCAGCUGGAGGAGAGAGUGCGAUUAGAGGAGAGCAUCGGCAAUGCAGCACACACCUGGAGUCAAGAAAUCCUGCCCAACUGGAACAGCAUGCGCAGUUCUAAGAGAGUGAGGGAUUUGUGGUGGCAGGGAAUUCCCCCGAGUGUGAGAGGACGAGUGUGGAGCCUGGCUAUAGGCAACGAGCUCAACAUUACACACGAGCUGUACGAUAUCUGUUUGGCGAGAGCGAAGGAGAAAUGGAGCGCUUCACCGCCCUCGAUCAGUGCGACAGAAAACGACGCUGGAGAUGCGGGUUUGUCUCACGCCGAUCGCGAGGCCAGUUUAGAGCUGAUCAAGCUGGACAUUUCCAGAACUUUCCCCAGCCUCUGCAUAUUCCAGCAGGGCGGGCCUUAUCAUGAUGUGCUGCACAGCAUUCUGGGAGCUUACACCUGUUACCGACCUGAUGUGGGAUACGUACAGGGAAUGUCGUUCAUCGCCGCAGUGUUGAUCUUGAACAUGAACACCGCCGAUGCCUUCAUCGCUUUCGCUAACCUGCUGAACAAACCGUGUCAGAUGGCCUUCUAUAGAGUGGACCAUAGCCUUAUGCUGACGUACUUUGCUGCGUUCGAAGUGUUUUUCGAGGAAAACCUACCAAAGCUAUUUGCACAUUUCAAGAGUAACAGCUUGACGCCUGAUAUUUAUCUCAUUGACUGGAUAUUCACCCUGUACAGUAAGUCUCUGCCGCUGGACGUUGCGUGUCGCGUGUGGGACGUGUUUUGCCGAGACGGUGAGGAGUUCCUCUUCCGCACGGCUCUGGGGAUCCUGCGUUUCUAUGGCGACGUGCUCACACACAUGGACUUCAUCCACAUGGCGCAGUUCCUGACUCGUCUCCCAGAGCAGAUCUCCACACACACACAGUCACACACACUCUUCUCCUGCAUCGGCAGCAUCAACAUGAGCUGCAGGAACAGGACAUGGACACAGGUUCUCCAGGCUCUGCAGAAAGACCCGGAACAUUCCAGUCCUGUGCUGAAGCACUGACCAGUCACAGGGUCGAGUGGAGGCCAGAAUAAAGACCUGUGUGUGUGUUUUAAAGCUAAACCCUCAGACUCAGGACUUCUGUUUGUUUAUUUCAAACUCCUUUUUUGGGGAGUGAAGAUCAAAGGCAAACACACACACACACACACACACACACACACAGAGCUGGAAUUCAGAUGCAGCAAAAUCAAACACCUGCUGAUGUUUCCUGAACACCGGCGGUCAGAGAGAGAGAAAAGUGUGAGGAAGAGAGAGAAAAAGAAACAGACAGACAUAGAGAGAGAAAAGGGGGUGAGAGUGUGAAAGAAAGAUAAAGGGGAGAGAAGAGGGAGAGAGAGAGAGAAAGUGGGGGUGAGAAAGACAGAGAGAGAGAAAGGGGGGUGAAAGAGAGAGAGAGAAAGGGGAGAGAGAAUGAUAAAGGGCGUGAAAGAGAGAGAGAGAAAGAAUGAGAGAGAGAAAUGGACAGGGGGGAGUGAGAAAGACGAGAGAGAGGUGAAGAGAAAGAUAAAGGAAGGGAGAGAGAGAGAAAAAGAGCGAGAGUAAGGGGUUGAGAGAGGGGCCAGUGAGAGAGAAAGGGACAGUGAGAGAGAUAGAGAUAGAAAGGGAGGGGGGAGUGAGAGAAAAAGAGAGAUAUAAGGGAGGGAGAGAGAAAGGGGAGAGAGAGAGAGAGAUAGAAAGGGAGGGGGAGUGAGAGACAGAUAGAGAGAGUGAGAGUAAGAGAGAGUGCUCUCUGAUUGGUUGAUCUGGAGAACAGACACGAGCCUCUGUCCAAUCAGAGCUCUGAAUGUGUGUGUGUGUAUGUAUGUGUGUGUGUGUGUGUAUGUGUGUGUGUGUGUGUGUGUGUGUGUGUGUGUGUGUGUGUUGAACCACAUCCUUCUGCACUAAACGCUACGUUACAGCAGUAAUAAUAAGCACUAGAACUUUUUUACUGGACAGAGAGAUCCACAUCUCAGUGGACAAUAGAUUUAUGGUCCUUAAAGAAACUAAUAUAUAUUCUCUCUGUGUUUAUGGCAGAACAAAUCAAAUCUGCUCCUGUCCAUCUCUUACUUUUCUCUUAUUUAUACACUAUAGGGUCAAAAGUAUGUGACCCCUGACCUUCACAUCCAUAUGUCUUUCUUCAUUAAAGUCAGCUUUACGCUUUCCCCCAGAGACUCGAACCCUGCUCCGGCACCACAAUGCUGCUGUGCUCAAAGCCCCUGAGCUCCAUGAAGACAUGCUGUGGAGAUGAAGGUCAGAGAAAGUGGAAGAACUGGAGUGUCCUGCACAGAGCCCUGACUCUGACCUAACCCCACUGACCACCUUUAGGAUGAACUGGAACUGGAGUCUCCUCAACAUCCCAACAUCAGAGUCUGAUCUCACUAAUGCUCUUGUAGCUGAAUGAUCACUAAUCAGAGAAGAGAAGAGAGAAAAGAAGAUGAGAGAAGAGAUGAGAGAAGAGAAGAUGGGAGAGAAGAGGAGAUGAGAGAAAAGAAGAUGAGAGAAGAGGAGAUGAGAGAAGAGAAGAUGGGAAAAGAGAAGAGAAGAGAAGAGAAGAUGGGAGAGAAGAGGAGAUGAGAGAAGAGGAGAUGGGAAAAGAGAAGAGAAGAACAGAUGGGAAAAGAGAAGAGAAGAUGAGAGAAGAGAAAACAGCAAACACAGAGAAUGAAUCAGAUGUUCAUCAUGGACGUUUGAAUGGAGUGGUCAGGGGGGCACAAACUUUUAGUCAUAUAAUCUACCUAUAUCUUAAUUUCUCUCGUUUUCAUUCUUCUGUUUGUUUUUAUUUGUUUUGUCUGAAUUCAUCUUUGUUGACUUUGUACACUGUUGUGCUGCUUACAAAAAACAGUGUUUGCGUGUGUGCGUGUGUGUGUGUGUGUGUGCGUGUGUGUGUGUUUUGUUUAAUCUGCCUAGUUCGUAAGAUGGCGUCUUGUUUUUUUAUUUAACGCUGAAUCCGUGUGAAGGAGUGUGAAUCUGCACUUUUUCACCCGGAGUGUCCUCUGCAGCUCGGAGACAGGAAGAAACCAACAACAACAAAAAGAAAAGACGAUGAUGAGCUGCACAAACUUCUUGGUCGACGGAGUGCUGAAUAAUUUGGGAGGUUUCUGAGUGUCGGUGUCUUACUGAUUCUCUGAACUCUGUUUCUGCAGAAUUAGUGAGAUAAGCUUGUGGUGAAGCCUUGUGUUGGGGUAGUUUUUUUUUAUCACCUAUAGCUUCAUUCACUUCCCCUCUACCAACACCCCAUUCUCACCAUUUCAUCUUAUCUCUCUUUUUUCUGAGCUUCAGCUCUUCUUCUCAUCUUCUUCUCAGCCUCUUCUUCUCUGUGUUCCUGUAAAAGUUCUAAACUCCUGAAUGUGUUUCUUGUAAACGAGAAUUAAAGACUUGAACUGAA